AUGUUUUUCCUCAUACCAUUUGUGUGUGGGAUCAAUCAUUAUGAUAAAGAAUACGACAAUAAUCCCAACCAUAAAUCAAUAUAUUGUCCAAAUUGCCAUAAUUUUAGUGUACGACCCAUCAAAAGAAGAGAGUUUGUUAGUCUCUGGUGGGUUCCGAUAGUACCCUUAUAUUGGGGUAAACAAUUACAUUGCCCCAUCUGCAAUUGGAGACAAGAUUUCAAGAACGAUGAACAAUUACAGAAGAUUUUAGUGGAACAAAACAAUAUCAAAACUGGAGCACCACCUAAAUACUCUUAA